AUGUCUUCCCACCUCCUCCAGUUUCCAUCCGCCCAUCACAACCCCUCCCAAGAAACCACCCUCUACCUCCUCCCCAAAGUCUCCCCCCGCUGUGCAACAGACUACACCAUUAACAAUGCCAUAAAUGGCAAAGCAGUCUUCAGAGUCACAGGCAAGAAAUAUGGCUCUACUCCAGGACGUGAGUUCCGCGAUGAGUCCGGGUUACCGCUUUUCAAAUUGACGAGAGGUGCUGUGCUAUCUAGAUGGCCGUGGAGAAUAACAUUACCGGAUAAUAAAGAGAAGGAUUUGGGGAGGGUUUGUGCCAGGGAUCCUUCAAUGAAAAUCAAACUUCAUAUUGCGCGGAAUUGUGUUAUUGGGGAUCGGAAACGAGAGGAUGAGAUGGUCAGGUUGGAGGUUCGGCGAACGACGACGCUAUAUAUGCUUGGUGUGCUUGUUGAGGAUGGCGAUAAUGAGGAGAAAUGGAAAGUUGCAGAUAUCAGAGAGUGUGUGGAGAGGAAUAAGACUGUCGGGCAUUGGCCUGGCGGGCCUUACGAUCAUGUGCCGCCGAAACGGGUUCUGGAUAUGAAAGUUGCGGAGGGGUGGAUUUGUCGAUUUUGA